AUGAAAAACUUUGAGUUUCUAAUUUCAAGAGAUAUUUCCCCGAAACCUCCACAGUUUGAUUUUGGAAAUGCUAGAAGAAUGUCAACAAUUCGAAAAGGUAGAGUUGCGACUGCAGCAAUACCCACGAAUCCAUUCGAUCCAAAUCAACUUGAUUCCAAGGAAUUUCCUAAAAGUUGUUUUUUCAAAAUUGCAAAGUGCCUGGUAAAUAUCAAGAAAUGGCCGGAAUCAGACUUUGGCGAGUUUUUGUCCGAGGCUUCAUCACUGAAACCGUUAGAUUGGGUGAACUCUUGGAUGGAUUUUUCUAACUCUUACGGUUUCGCUUACACCUUGAGCAGUUCAGACUACGGCAUCAUAUUCAACGACGAGACGAGAAUGCUUCUUCAGAACAAAGAACAGUACGUUCACUACGUCCAUUCCGAUGGUUCCGAUAUUAUUUGCCAGAAGAGUAGCAUUCCUGCUGCCUUGAGCAAGAAGUUAAAAAUCUUGAUACACUGUGGGAAAUACAUGAAAGAAUCUCUAAUUCAAGCACACGAAGGGAAUCCACCUGACUUGGCGGCAGAUGAAGACAAGCCUAUAGUGGAGGUGUUCAAGUGGACAAAAGGAGAGGCGGAGAUGGUAAUGAUGCUGACAAAUGGGAGUAUCCAGGUUAACUUCUCCAGCGACCACACCAAGCUGAUAUUGUGCGGCAGUACCAAAACUGUAACCGUCAUAGAGAGCGCCAAUUACAUGAAAACACUAAAGUUGGACAACCUUCAAAACUGUGGCGCUGGUGUUCAGUUAAAACAGAAGUUGUCUGUUAUUUUAAAAUACGUCACCAGCUUCCUGUCUGAAUAA